AUGCUUACAGAUACCAUUAUGUCAAAACAGGGCCCAUUGGGUCAUGUUUGGUUAGCCGCCAAUUAUGACAAGAAACUUACAAAACAACAAUUGAUGAGUACUAGUAUUGCCAAAUCAACCGAAUAUUUAUCCAACCAUCCAAUCACAUACUCUUCACAACAAUCACAACAGUCACAACAAACAAAUGAACCAAUAACAUUAAGACUAUCAGGACAAUUGUUAUUAGGAAUAGUAAGAAUAUAUUCAAGAAAGACUAAAUAUCUAUUAGAAGACGUUAAUGAUAUUUUAUAUAAAUUAAAAUCUUCAUUUAAAUUAUCAAGUGGUGCAAGAUUAGGUUCAGAUGGUAUCACCAAUCAAAUCAAUUUGCCACCUCAACAAACAGUCAUUACCAAUUUAAACACAAUUACUUUAGCUGAUCAAGUUACAAAAUUCGAUUUAUUAUAUCAAGAUGAUUUAAACCUUGAUGAUGUUGAUGAACCUGGUUCUAAUGAUAUUGGAGGAUUUUUCAGUCAGCGAACUCAACAACAACGAGAUGAAGACGAUACAUUUGAUCAAUCUAUUGAAUUCCCUCGUUAUGAAGAUGCAGCAACCCCAGGGGCUGGAAAUGAUGAAGAUAUGGAUUUGGAAUUGGAUUUCGAUCUCGAUUUAAGUGAUGAUUCUAUUGAAGUGGGUAGAAACGCGUCUCAAAUACAUGAUAAUGACCGUGAAGUAUCUAUAUUUUCAAAUAUUGGUAAGGAUACUGAUAUUUUUGAUUUUGAUUUUGGACAACCCUUGGAAACUGUUGAUGAUAUGGACAAUGAAUUGGACUUUGGUGAUAACAGUGAUGGUCCUGAAGAACCAUUGACUCCAACUGAAGUACCACAACCCCAGCCACAACCAAAACGUGUUAGGAAGAGAAGAACAGGUAUUACUGAACAAGGAGAGAUCAUCACCAACAAGAGAAAAUUAAUCGUUGAUUCUCCAGAAGAUCUCGAAGGUAUAUCAAUUGAAACAUUAAAACGUAAUCAGGAAUUAUUGCUUAAUGCUGACUCACAACCAAAAUACAUCUCUUUGAAUCUUUCCUUAAAUGAAAAGCUCAAAUUAAUUCAAGAAUUAGCUACACCUAAUAAUUCUUCAAGCAAGAGAAGGAAGUUAUGGGAUAUUGAUCUUGAAUUACAAACGAGAUGUCUUGAAUUAUCUGAACGUGAAGAAACUAGAUUACAAGAACAACAUGAUUUACAAUUCAGUCAUGACUAUGAAGAUGAAAUGGAUUUCGAUUUGUCCUUACCUGAUUUCAAUGACGAAGAAGAACAAGAAAAUCAUGCUUUAGAUGCUGUCAUUGAAGAAGAAGAGGAACAACAGGAUGAUUCCUAUACUGUGGAUAAUAUCGCCAAGGCAACUAUCCAAGUAGCUGAUGAAUUAAGAGACUUAUUCAAAACAAACGAUACAGUCGAUUUACAAACCUUAAUGGAUGAAGAUUUGAGGAUAAAUGAUAAAGACUUCGAGAAACAACCAUUGGGUCUCGUUAAUAAAAGAGAUGGGGCUAGGAUUAACAAAAGAAGGGAAGCUACUAAAUGUUUCUUUGAAUUGUUAGUGCUUGCUACUAAUGAUUGUAUUCAAAUCGAACAAAAUCCACAUCAAACAGACAUUGUGAAUGAUAUCACAAUUAGGUCAAGAGAUAGAUUAUUUAGUAACUUUUUGUAA